GCUCUUGCUCAAUUCCGCAUAUUCUGCUUGUUCUUGUUUCUGUAUACUUCUUGAUCUUCUUGAUUCUUGGUUUUUGUUCAUAUGGACACCCCUUUAGGAGGGGAUGACCUGACUGUAAAUCUGCUUAGCCUCCAUGAGCUACGAGGUGAAGGGUUAGUCCUUGAAAUACUUGAUGCCCUAGAGUUUUGUUCCAAGUGAAAUGGUUCUUUUAUCUGGCUGCUUGGAUUUUUGUUUGCCCUUUUAAUUAGAAGACAUGAAUCUUCUAAGCAUCUUGAUCUCAGCCAUUGCUUUGUUCUGUUAAUUAAUUCGUGUUACUUGGGGUGCUCGAUCUUGACAUCCUGAUUGUAAUUGCUCUUGAAUCCGUGUUCUGUUUGUCAUUAUUGAAAUCUCUUUUGUGGGCUUAAUCCUUGAAUUCUAUUGUUUGUUUCAUGGUUAACUCUUGUCUCUCAAUUUUGACUGCUUGGUUAAAUUUGAUCUUGAUUCUUGGUGAAUGCCGUUUUGUUGUUGAAAUUUUUGAGACAUUCUACCUUGUACUUCCAGUAUGCUUCCAAGCAUUCAUAUUUUCCAUUGAUUUUAUUCUGUUGCAGUUCUUGAGAUUCUUACAUGUCUUUUGAUGGUCCAGCUUUUAACUCUUGUUAAUUGCUAAAAUCUGUCUCUUGAUUCCAAUUGCUUUGUUAAACAUGACCUUAUUGGCUAACCUUGCUUUGUGACAGAAUGUAUAAGGCAUCCAUGCACUCGUUCAUUCAUUCAUGAUCCAUAUAUCCAUUGGAUGCUUAUUCGUCUUUGAUAAGAGUUCAAAAUUUUGUUGUGCUCGUCAUUAAAUCCAUGCCAUUCUU